AUGGCGGCCUCGCCCGCCAUCGACCUGGGAGAGCCGCUCGCGGCUCUGUUCAAGCGCGCGCGCGUCGCCGACAACCUCUACCGCAGGUAUGAGGGGCGGCUCGCGGAGCUGGGCAUUGGCGAUGCUGGCGACCUCCUCGACGAGGUCGCUGAGAAGGGCAUCGGCUCGCUCGACAUCCACGACCGCCAGGCGGAGAAGCUCCGCCAAGCUCUUCUCGGCCGGCGGGGCUGGGGGGACGCAGCUGCGGUCUUGGCAUCCCUCAGCGGCUUGUCGCUGGGCGACACCCCGGCUGGGGUGGCGGCUGGCGAUCAGGCGGCUGGUGGCGGGGCAGCGGCUGGCGGCGAGGGCCGCGGCGGCGCGCGCCCCGAAGAGGCGGACGGCGGUGCCUGCGACGCGCAGGCCGCUGAAGGUGGGUCCGGAGGUGGGACCGAGGGAUCCAGUUUGGACCCCUUGGAGCCCGCGCUGCCGGAGAGCGUCGAUGGGACGAUCGACGCCGCGGGGGGGGAGGAGGAGGCGGGCGAGGCGGCUGCUGAGGCGUUGGCGGAGGCGGCGGUCGACGCUGUCUACGGGGCGCUCGUAGCGGCGACGCUCGAGGAGUGGGCGGGCGCGAGCACGGACAACCCCGUCUCCGCGGAGGACGCUCGAGGCCCAGGCCUCGAGUGUCAGGAUUGCUUUGGGCGCUUUUACGACGAGUUUGGCGUGGAGCCGUGGCUGUGGCGCCGGGCGUUGCGUGAGGGCUGGUCGGAGCUGGGGGGCUGGUCGAGAGAGGAGAUGGAGGCGGCGGAGAAGGAGAUCUGGCGCGGCGAGAGUUCUGAGAUCUCUCAGCUAGGCGAGUGGGUCUGCGAUGCUUGCUUGGAGGGCUAUUUGGGGGGGGGCGUUGGCGACUACUCGGAGCUGCGCAGCGGCUACGUUGCGCCGUAUCCGAGUAACCCCUGGAUAGGUCGCUCGCGCGACCUCUCCUGGAUGCGCAAGGGGCCCAUAGGGGUCACGCGGAGGGAGGCGCUGUUAGCGGCGGAGGAGGCGAAGGCGGCCGCGCGGGCGGCGGAGAAGGCGGCGCGGGCAGCGGAGGGGGGGAAGGGCGGCGGCAGCGGGCGGCAGUCCCGCGAGGCACGCCGGCGGAAGGGUUCGUCUUCGCGGGGCGGGGUGCGCACUGCGCGCCGCGAGGAUGAGGAGCCUGAGCCAGGGGAGGGUUGGGAAGGGGGGGCGAGGCCGGAGGAGUAUGACGGCCUCUUCGACGGCCCAUAA